CAGGCCGGCGGGGAAGUUGUCCGUCCUGUUCCUCCGCUAGGUCACGCAUCCACUUCUCAGCCGCCACAAGCCCCGGCUUGGCGCAAAGCGAAGUGGGGGAGGAUUUAUGUUUGUUUACCAGGCGGUAAACCACUUCAGUCGUCUCGGCUUAUUUAUCACGGCACGAGACUCAAGGUUCUUAGUAAUUAAGCAGCCGAGAAGAGAAGGGAAAUUGAAGCUCGCCUAAGGGUGACUUGUGAGGAAUUGCCUUUCCCGGAGCCUGGACGUGAGGUUUUUUGUGGCCUAGCAAGAAGUGGUUUCCUUUCUCGAGCUGUUGGCAUCUUCUUGCCUGGAUUCAGUCAUUCCCAAAGGAAUGGAGGAAUGCAGCUGAUAAGUCCUUAACCACCCAGUGCUCCCGUAGGCAGCACCAGAAGCUGGCUUCAUCCGCUCCACUUCGGCACUUUGGGGGUGGGCCUCUCUUUGUUACCUGCUCUUGGUACCUUUUUAGCGGCACUGUAGACCAAAGGAGAUGGAAGAAAAGGAGCGAUGUGAUAAAUUCCAGCUGAAAAUGAGUUGCGUGCCAUGGAAAGGUGACAAGACCAAAUCGGAAUCACCAGAGCCACCCCAGCUACCACCGCUGCAUAUUUACCAUGAGAAGCAGCGUAGAGAGCUGUGUGCCCUCCAUGCCCUCAACAAUGUCUUCCAGGACAGCAACGCCUUCACUAGGGAAACCCUCCAGGAGAUUUUUCAGAGGCUGUCUCCCAACACCAUGGUGACGCCGCACAAGAAGAGCAUGCUGGGAAAUGGAAACUAUGAUGUGAACGUGAUCAUGGCAGCACUUCAGACCAAAGGCUAUGAAGCGGUUUGGUGGGACAAGCGCAGGGAUGUUAACGUCAUUGCCCUGUCUAACGUGAUGGGCUUCAUCAUGAAUCUGCCCUCCAGCCUUUGCUGGGGCCCCUUGAAGCUCCCCCUCAAGCGACAGCACUGGAUCUGCGUCCGGGAGGUGGGAGGCACGUACUAUAACCUCGACUCCAAACUCAAGGUGCCUGAGUGGAUUGGAGGCGAAAGUGAGCUCAGGAAAUUCUUGAAACACCAGCUGAGAGGAAAGAACUGUGAACUACUGCUGGUGGUGCCAGAGGAGGUGGAAGCACAUCAGAGCUGGAGAGCCGAUGUGUGACCCGGACUGACUCUGUCCUCCCACUACAGCUCCUUCCCCUUUACUGAACUCCCAAUGUCCUGAAAUCUGGAUAACGGGUGCCCCAACUCUUCUCUCCUGGAAUUUCCUUUGUUUAGGCUCUUCUCUUCCUUGGUGCAAUAGGGCAAUGGCGUAGGAUGUUGCGGGGGUGGGGGGGAGUGGAGAAUUGAGGGCAGAGUGGAGGAAACUGGAAGGCAAUCACUUUAUUUGUAGAGGCGGAUGAGCUGCCUGCCCCUCAGCUAGCUAGAACACAUUGCGCUCUUUAAAACCUGGCUUUGGGGCUAGGGUAUCUGGAAGCCUCUGGGCUCCCUUUCCCCCAUGGUUCAAGGCUGCGUGUGGUGGGACACUGCUCCUCCCGGGACUUGCCAGGAAGGGGCAGGGGCUGAGCACACUGCCACCUCUUCACAAGCCUAUCCCUCCAAAACAAGUCAUUGUGAAGACGUUUGCAAUUCCUAAAGGGUCUCUCAAGGCACUCUCGAACACUAGGAAUGGUACGGUGCUCAGCACAACCCUCUGCUUCUUACGGAUGGUUUGAGCUAGGAAUUAGAAAACAGUAAUAGAAAUGGCAUCAUCUUUAAAGAAAUUCUUUGAGUAGCUACAGGAUUCUUCCCCAGUGUCUCCAGGGACUAAUGUAUGUAGUGAGCAGUUGUUCAGCAGCAUGUGGCUGACUCGGGCGACACGGGAACAGCAAGCACAAGCUAAUUCAGGAGUAUCAGGUUUCUAGACUGGAGAGAGGCUGUAGUCUGCUUGGGUUUCUUUGUGCUGCCUGGGUGUUUUUUUCUUAACAUCUGUUUUGGUUUUCUGCACGGUCAUCCAGUAGUUUAGGGGCUGUUUGGAGACAGGAAUAAAACUGAAGGGGUUUUGAGAGGAAUUCAUUCCCUCUUUAUUUUCCUCUUUCCAGAAGUCUAGCCCACAGUCAUGAACAUCAUGCAAAAUGUCCCAGAAAGAAGUAAAUUUACAAAGAAAAAAUUGGCUGGGGAGGGAAGCCUUUAUAAUAGUAAUUUUUUUGCCCUUUUUAUAGCUACUAGCUGACAAUGUGGGAGAUGCAGAGGGUCCACCAAAACCUUUGGGCGUUAAGAGAGACCCUGCCCUGGUAGUUGAACCAACCUCUCUUUCAGCGUUGGCCAACAAACAUUCCAUUAAUGGACAAACUACUUUUUCCUCCCAUCCCUUCUGCGGGGGAAGAGUGAUUAGACAUGGAGACACUAAGAGGGAUCUCCACCAGCUGUUUCCUGGUCACCCGAGUGAGCUGUAGCUCAGUCAUGCCUUCCACAGCAGAAGGAGAAUUUGGAGCAGACUUUGUGUUUAGCACUUCCUGGCUGAGCUGCCGUUUGCUUCCCUCCUUUACACGUGGGAUGUCUCAGUUAAACAGCAUCUCUGGGACAUGAUGAGCUUGGAGGAUCCUCUCCAUCCUGCAGGAGAAGUCUCGUUACUGGUGUUUGAGCUUGCGAAAGGAGGGGUUGUAACUAACUUUUCUCAGUUGUUUUUCUCUUGAGAGCUCUGCAAACGCAUGAGCAGUUGCUCGAAGCUGAGAGACCACCAAAAUUGCACCUUCCUAACAACAGAGGCCACAUGACGGGAUGAUGCUGUUCACCAACCUCCGGACAUCUGGCAAGCAGUCUUUUGAGCACAGCCUCCCACAGUCAAGGGCAAAUGGCUCUUUAUGUUUUAAAGACCCAACAUUUCUAUAAAAAGUUCUAUUUCGUAACACAUUCCAAUGACCAAUACCAGCUGGCAGUUUUUAAACACUUCACAGGCAGGAUGUGCAGCCUGCAGGCAUUCUGCUGGUGACUUGAAGCCAUUUCUUCAAGAGGGGGGGAAAAAAAAUCUCAACAGCAACAUUUUCUAUGCUGAUUUAAAGUUGCACUUCAGAGAAACCCUGUUUGCAUGGAAACUGCAAGCCAAUGGAUCAGUGCACAAUAUGCAAAGAUGUUUCAAAAUAUUUUGGGGCUACUUUCCUCUCCUUGUAUGUCGGCUCCUUUCCUGUGCAGGGGGAAAUGGUGUGAUCCAGCUGCUCAGGUAAAGGGAAAGUGUGUGAUCACAUCCCUGCAGGAGGUGAGACUGCUGUGCCCAAGGGUGGGCGAAACUGAUCCAGUCCCACUGCUUGGAAGUGGGGAAGCCCAUGUUUGUUUUCUUGCUUGUUUUGUUUUGUUAGAGCCUUGUUUUGGGUUUGUUUACAGAGAUGUAUUUUGUUUAACCAAAUAUUAAAAAUGGAAGAAAGGUUUCCAUAUAAAUGUCCUAUCACUUCUGUAUGUUCAACUGAAUUGUUCUGUAACAAAGUAUAUAAAGGAAAAAUAAAUUUUUUUUCUUUGUUAAUAAAACAGCAACCUUUCUGCGA